AUGGCAGAACCACGAGGCGCGGCCGCCCGACUGCGGCGCACAUUCCACUACCCCACAGACGAUGAUUCGGCCGACUCGCAACCCGAAGCGAUGGACGAAGAGGAGCAAGACCUCCUCAUCCAACGCCUAGCCGAAGAAAACGCCGCCCGAAACGCCCAGUUCCGCACCUUCCUCCUCGCCCUACCCCUCCUCACGACGAUACCCUACCUGAUCUCCAUUCUCCGCCUGACCUCCAUGAUGACCUCGCUCCUGUCCAUCACGUCCCUCCUAUCGACGGCCUACCUCCUCCACACCCAACCGCCAGGACAGACGGGCAUCCCCUUCAUCGACGCCUGGUCGCGCCCCAAGACGCCGCGCGCGAGUCCGGCUUCUUCGCUCGAGUCUUCGACGUCGUCAGUGUCCGGGGCAUCGUCGCAGGCCUACGCGGGACCGUCCCAGCGCCGACCCAGACGGAGCUCAUUCUCCUUCAACGAGGAGCACAAGUCUCCCCUGGAGCAGUACCUGCCGUACCUCAACCUGGGACUGUGUGCGAUGCUGGUCUUGACGGGUAUGGUGACGAAGCCAGGGGACAGGGGCACUUUCGGACACGUCGGCCUGGGAAACCUCCCUGCCAUCGUGUACGUGGUAAUCAUCAUUGCAAAGGUGGUAAUGGGCAGCGUAGACCCCGAAAAGGAGUUGGCCGCGCUCAAGUAUGACUACAAGGGUGCAUAG